CUGCGAGCAGCAGCACAGGGACUGCCCGAGGUGCUCCCGGGCCCCUCACUGGGCAGUGUGGGGUGUCCUUGGAGGGGCAUUUUGGGCAGAGCGCGGCUCUUUGGAAGGGCAGCAGCAGAAGACACUCCCAGGUUGAGCAGUGCCACAUUUCCCAAGCAGGACACCGAAACGGAAGGACACCAAGGACCUCUUUGGGCUGCUCUGGAGACAUCGUGAGCAGCUGGUGCACCCGGGAUUCCUUGGGGGGUGUGCACCCCUGCUGCUGGCCUCUUGUAGGCUGGAGACCCCUCCCCACUGCCCGCAGGCAGCGGGAUGAUGGGCUGGAUCAACCGGGUGGUUCCCCAGCCCCCGGUGCCCCCGGUGACAGAGGAAACCCCACGGGCCCCAGCGCAGGAGCCGGAGCCAGUUAAGGCACCAGCAGGAAAAGCCAGUGGCCCCACGGAUGUUGCUGACCAGGCACGCAAUGAGGAACUAGUAAAGAAAGUAGAAUUUGUGAUCCCUGAGGACACAGGUUCUGUGUUUGAGAGCAUGGGGAGCAGUGUGCGCUUCUGGCUCUCCUAUGGGAUAAGGAGGGUGAUUCCCCAGCCAGCUCCACCCCCAGGAACACUGCAGGUGCUCGGGAAGAGCUUUGAGACAAGCGUUGAUGUUCCUGAUGAGACAGAGGUCCAGGUCCUUCCGGAGGAGGACGACGGUCUCGACAUAAUCCCCUUCGAUCCAGAGGAGGACGGCUUCGAGGACGACUUGGACACCCCCAGAGAGGAGUGGGUGGGACAGCGGGUGCUCAGCUGGCUGUCCCAGGGCUUUGAGAGGAUUGUGCCGCAGCCGGAGGGGAUGAAAAAGCUGGAGGCAGAGCAGAAGGAUCAGAAGUGCGAAGCCACAGUGGAAGGCACAAAAAGGACUGAAACGACGGCAAAGCCAAAACCCCGCCUUUCAGCUGCCCUGAGCACCUCAGUGGCAGAGACACCAGCAGCUGCCACGGAGCACCCAGAGCCAGUGACCACCCUCACCACUCAGUCCAUGGCUCUGGAUGGCCUCAGGAUGUUCAUCUGGUUUGUCCAGAAGCUGGAGAAGGUGCUGCCACAGCCAGUGACCAGUGGGAAGCAGGACACACAGGGAGUGGCCUCAGCAACCUUGAGUCCCGUGGAACAAAUUCAUAUACCCCCUGGGGAACCCGAGGAGACCCACCUCAUCCUGGAAGAGAUCACUGAUGACCAGAUUAAUGAAGACACGUGUGAGAUGAUGGCCUGGAGCCACAAGGCUGAGCCGGAGGCAGAUGCUCGUUCCCUUCCCCCCAUACAGGAGGAACCUCAGGAAGAAGAAGAAAACAGGCUGUGGUUGAGCUCCCCAAACACUACCAAGGAGGAAAAGGAGGAGGAAAAGAAGGAGGAAAAGAGGAAAGAAGAGGAGGAGGAGAGUGCAGAGUCCCUGCUCUCUUCUCUCCCAACUACCAAUGGUGUGGAUGAAGCCUACAUUGCUGAGGAGGCCCUCAGGAUUGAGCAGCAGGCAGUAGCUGAGAUAAGUAACCUCGAAGGUGCUCUUGUACAGGUGGAAGAGAAGACAGCUGAAGCUGCUGAAACCAAUGCUGAAGGUACAACAUGUAGCAGUACAAUAGCAAAUGGGGAUGAAUCAAAGCAGGCUCCUAGCAGCAUGGCCAGGCGGGCCCGGGACGUCGAGCUAGACCGGCUGGUGCAUGACAAGCCGCUUGAUGGCGGGGAGCCCUCCCCUGCCAGCCGCGGGGCCCUAGAGCUGCUCCCCAAUGUCCCCAGCUACCGAGCCGCCGCCGCCGCCUCCCGCGCCCCCGUCCCCGCCGCCAGCGGGCCAAAGGCCGGAGUUGUCAACCCCAAUUUUUGCAAUGAGGAGCAAUCCCCUCUAGGUAAUUACCCCACUGUGGAGAUCAAGGAUGUGGACAGCCGAGGCGAUGCUGCAGAGAACGAUGGUACCCACUUGCCGGUGCCCGCUGCCGGCGCUCCCAACAGGCUGGCGGUGCCCGGCGCAGCAUCCCCCAGGAGGAGGCAACUGGUCCCACAGGAUGGUCUGGACGAGGGACUGGUGAGCUGGGACGAGGAGCAGAGGGAAAGCCUGCCCGAGCGCAUCGGCUCGGCCACGAGCCUGAGCAGUGCCAUCAUCAACACCCGGCUCCAGGAACUGGUGAAGCUCUUCAAAGAGAGGACCGAGAAGGUGAAAGAGAAGCUGAUUGACCCCGAUGUCACCUCGGAUGACGAGAGCCCUGUGGCAUCACCUGCUAAGCCGGCACCUGCGGCAGCACCGGUGCCUCCCCCAGGAGGGGAGGUGGAGGGGGACAAACCAUCAGGGGAUGACCACUACUGUGAGAUGCUCUGCUGCACCUUCAAGUACCGGCCAUGGCUGGACCGCCUGAAAAGCUACCAGUUCCCCAGCAGCAUCGACCCACUCACCAAUCUGAUGUACGUGCUGUGGCUGUUCUUCGUCGUCAUGGCCUGGAACUGGAACUGCUGGUUGAUCCCCGUCCGCUGGGCUUUCCCCUACCAGACCCCAGCAAACAUCCACUGCUGGCUGCUGGUGGACUACCUCUGCGACCUCAUCUAUCUGCUGGACAUCCUCGUUUUCCAGACCCGGCUGCAGUUCGUCCAGGGGGGAGACAUCAUCACUGAUAAAAAGGCCAUGAAAGAUAACUACCUGCGAUCACAACGUUUUAAGAUGGAUGUGCUGUGCCUCCUGCCCCUGGAUUUCUUCUACUUCAAAAUUGGUGUCAACCCACUCCUGCGCUUCCCUCGCUGUCUGAAGUACAUGGCCUUCUUCGAGUUCAACAACCGCCUGGAGGCCAUCCUGACCAAGGCAUACAUCUACAGAGUGAUUCGGACAACUGCCUACUUACUGUACAGCUUGCAUGUGAACUCCUGCCUCUACUACUGGGCCUCAGCCUAUGAAGGACUGGGCUCUACUACCUGGGUCUAUGAUGGGGAAGGAAACAGCUACAUCCGCUGCUACUACUGGGCAGUCAAAACCCUCAUCACCAUCGGGGGCCUGCCAGACCCCAAGACACUGUUUGAGAUUGUCUUCCAGCUGCUGAACUACUUCACAGGCGUCUUUGCUUUCUCUGUCAUGAUAGGGCAGAUGAGAGACGUGGUUGGUGCCGCUACUGCAGGGCAAACUUACUACAGGAGCUGCAUGGACAGCACCAUUAAAUACAUGAACUUCUACAAAAUCCCCAGAACUGUUCAGAACCGGGUGAAAACGUGGUAUGAGUACACGUGGCACUCGCAAGGCAUGCUAGAUGAGUCAGAGCUGCUGGUGCAGCUGCCAGACAAGAUGAGGCUGGACAUUGCCAUUGACGUGAACUACAACAUCGUGAGCAAAGUGGCCCUUUUCCAGGGUUGUGACAGACAGAUGAUCUUUGACAUGCUGAAGCGGCUCAGAUCGGUGGUCUACCUGCCUAAUGACUACGUGUGCAAGAAGGGAGAAAUAGGCCGCGAGAUGUACAUUAUCCAGGCGGGACAAGUGCAGGUGCUGGGGGGACCCGACGGCAAAUCCGUGCUGGUGACUCUGAAAGCUGGAUCCGUGUUUGGAGAAAUAAGCUUGCUGGCGGCGGGAGGGGGGAAUCGCCGGACAGCAAACGUCAUAGCUCACGGCUUCGCGAACCUUUUCAUUCUGGAGAAGAAGGACUUGAACGAGAUUUUGGUGCACUACCCGGAGUCUCAGAAGCUGCUGCGUAAGAAGGCCAAGAAAAUGCUGAAAAGCAACAACAAACCCAAAGAUGAGAAGGGAGGCCCUGGAGACGCGCUGAUCAUUCCCCCGAAAGCUGAGACCCCGAAGCUCUUCAAGGCUGCCCUGGCUGCCACAGGGAGGAUGGGGGGCAAAGGGCCGCUGGGGCGGCUCCGCUGGAGGCUGAGGGAGCUGAAGGAGAUGCAGGCGGCGCAGGGUUCCAGUUUCAGCCCAACCCCACCAAAGUCACCAGUGCACCAGAGAUCGCCUGUCACCUCCCAUAAAGUGCAAACCCACCCGGGAGAAAUAUCCUCAGAAUCUUCUGAUCAUUUAGUCACCGUUCGUGUGAUUCCCACGGCACAAGAAGAUGAGGAAAUCCUCGCUGCUGAGAUUUCAGAGAAAGAAGACAAAGAAAAAGGAGAGAAAUGAAACAGCAGCACGUCCUGGGGCAGGCGUAGGAGUCAGGCAAAUGCCUGGGGUAGCAGAUUUUUGCUGUUAAUGAUUUCCAUGCAGUGGCUGUAGGCUUUGCAAUGCGCUGCGGGUAGGAUCUGCCUCUCUUUUCUGUCCAGACCCUCAUUCCCUGCUGAUAAAACCCUCUGCCAUUUGACCCAGAACCACACAAGGCUUCCAUGCUCUGCAGAUCAAUAUUUAUUGAGCAUCUUUAUGAAUUUCCCACUAAAUCUCAGGCCAGCCCUCUUGCUUUGAAAUCCAGCUUUGUGGAGGGGGAGCUCUGGAAGAAAUUGCUUUUUAUGGCUCUGGGUGGUUAAUGAGUGUUCGGAUAAAGCGUGAAGAGUUAUUCACCUCGGACAGCUGAGUCACUGCUUGGCCAGAAACAACCAGGGGGAAAAAAAAAUAACAAGGUUUCUCUGUUGGGCUCAAGGUUGACAGCAGCAGUGGAGAGUGAUUCAUCCGGAAAGGAUGCGGACUAUGCUCACAAGCCAAGCGUGGAGCAGAUCACACUGUCACAAGAAUGCCAAGGUCUGUCCCCGAGUGCAGAGUCUGCAAGGUACUUGAGGGUCUCUGCGUGGUGCCAAGGCCACCUUGGGUUUGCCACUGGGAAGAGUUCCUGCCAGCAAUCCACCCCGGGAAGGUGGUGGGGUCUCCGUCGCUGCAGGCUCUCGUGGAGAGAUUUGAUGAGCAUCUUUCAGGGAUGGAGAAGCACAAUCCUGGAUGUUCCUGGAGUUCCUUUCUAGCCCUGGGUUUCUGUGGGUGCACCAACCUGCCGCUGCUGGGAGAGAUAAACAGAGGGCAGGAAGGGAGAAGCUGAGUUGGUUCCCAGCUGGGAGGGGAAAGAGAAGUGCAGUAAGUGCUCUCCUCUCCCAGACAGUGUUUCAGAGUCUGUAUCACACAAGCAACUCUGCACAACCAUCACUGCUGGACCUCAGUGACAUCCACUUUUCCAGCAGCUGAUUUCCAGCCCUUCAGUCACUUGACUGGCUCUUGGCCACAUUUCCCAUGCAGAAGCCACGCUGGUAUUGCUCAUCACUGCAACAGGGCACUUGUGAAGACACUCUCCCAGUGCUGGGACUGGGCACUGGAAGGGAAGGUGAACAUCUGAUUAGCAGCCAGCACACCCAGCUGAUGGCUCAAGGUGUCUGAUCUUCUCCCAGCACCACCAGGUCCUCUUCUUCCUCAGGCCCAGCACCAACCAGAGCAGCUGCUGGUGAGCUGAGAUGUGGUGAGAAGUGAGAUGGCACCAAAUGAGGCACUGCAGAUCCUCCCCAAGGUUUUUGCUCACCACACCCCCACAGCACCGCUGGCUCUGUUGAGAGGAGACAGUUUCCAUCCUCUGGAGGAAAAGCUGGGGCAGGUUUUGCCGCAGGGAGCAGCCCCAUCUCCUCAGCCAAGGGGCUUCUCAGGUGUUCAGCAAAUCCUGUGAGCAGUGCUGCAGGUUCCACAGGUCUGGCUGUGAGAUAGCUGGGCUGUUUGUGAAGGGUGUCACCUCUGGCAUCACCCUCCUGGGUGAUCCCUCUUCCCACCAGCAGCCUAGGGCUGACCUUCACCUCCUUCGGGAUCCUCUUCUUUCAUUGCUUUUUCCCCCCUCUCUUUCUGUGGCAGAAAAAGCCAGAAUAGAUGUUAGCAUUAAUUAACAACGGCUUGCUUUCUUUUAAACAAAUUUAAUGAGCUCCAUUCUACUGCAGGAGGGUCUGAAGGCACCACUGCCCUUCACAUUGCAGGGGAGAGGCUGCACUCACCCAAACCUCCCUGAAUGUUUCUCGUCCUCAGUCAUUUGCAAGUGGUUUCCUGCAGGGUGGAAGGUUUCCGUGCAGAGUGCAAAGUAUUUUCUUUUCACUCUAUAAACAUUUAUAUAAUCAAACCAGGAAAUGUGCAAAGUCAAACUGAGGCUUUGAUUUGCUGCUAUGGUUUGGUACAGUUUAGAAAAAGCAUUUAAAUAAAUAGUGGGGUGUACUGGCUUUCAUAAUUCACUGUAUCUACAAUAAACACCACAUAAAUUACCGUU